AACUUUUCUCGUGUUUUCCGAUCGACUAAAAGUCUACAGUUUAUGUAUUGUUUGUCACUGCUUUUGCGAGUUGUUGUUAACAGGGUUGGAUACUGUUAAAUUUCUCAAUGCAACAAUAUUGGCUUUUACUUUUGUAGCGUUUUUAUAACAUGCCCAGACAAGAACGUCUUAACCGUUUGAUCUUAAGGCAGAUGGGAAAAGGUGUAGAACAGUUUCAAUAGUAUUAAAGCGACGACAGAUUUAUACGGAGAAGAAAUGACCAUCGUUUGCAACCGCAGAGAAACUGGUAAAUUAAGUUGGAAAGUGAUAUAUAGUAUUUUAAAAACCCAUUGAAGCGUACCGCCCUAGUAGCGAGAUGGGUACAACACGUACGAUUCUUCACACUGCAAAAGUAGAUUGUAUAUGAUUUCAAUGUAAUGGGUGUACUUGAGUAUUAUCUACUCGUAUUCAUGAACGUUUUCUACACGGGGAAGUUUUCAUAAUUAUGUGCGGCUUGCUAUACAUUAAGACAGAAAUUAUUGGACACUUGCUGUUUAUAAAGUGAGAAGACGGCGAAAGGUGUUUAAACCUAUCUGAACUUUUAUCAUGGAUAAGACAUGUGUUUUUGCAAUAUUUUACGUGACGAUGAUCUAUUUUAUUCAAAAUGGUCUAUGUCAGUACAGGGAGGCUAGUCAGCUACUCCAGGAUUUGAGGCGUGGAUACGAGAGACACGUGCCUCCCACGCGCACUUCCGGCUCGCACGUCUCAGUAAAAAUUCACCCUUCCAUUGUACGCAUUAAUGAUCUGAAUGAGAACAGAGAAGCUUUAUCAGCGACGAUCAGCCUGUCAAUGAAUUGGUCUGACCUGCGCCUAGGCUGGAACCCGGCUCAGUAUGCCGGCGUUGAGAAACUCUACCUGCCCGCCGACACCAUCUGGCUACCGGAUAUCACCGUACAUAACACAGUUGAGGGUUUAAUGCCGGAACAUAGCACGAGCCAACUCGUGGAGGUCUCGCACAUAGGUCACGUGCUCAUGGUCUCGGUGCUGCACGCAGAGACCUACUGCAAGAUGACGCUCACUGGAUACCCACGUGACGUUCACGAGUGUGACGUCAUCAUCGGCUCGUGGAUGUACUCAGCCAAGUUCCUGAUACUCGAAUCUUGGGCCGGCGGGACUAUGAUUGAGGACGUGCCCUUGUCCGCAAACAUCGACGAAGCAAUUCCGGCCCGCGAUGGACGGAGCUGGAAUCUGCUAGGACGCGCCGGCAGAGCAAAGAUUCAACUUGUUACCUACGAGUGCUGCCCAGAUGAGCAGUACGUUCAGUUACGCAUCUCACUGACCUUGAAGCGCCACGCCCCCUACCUGUCCACGCAGCUCUGGUUGUUCUUCCUGCUACUACCGGCGCUCACCGCUUUUCAGUUUCUCAUUCUACCGGACAACGACAACAGAAUCGUUUACGGUCUGGUGGUCGUGCUGGCUCACCUGGUGUUCUUCGUACACGUCUCUUCAAUGGUUCCGUUUUCGUUUGAACCGCCUCGUAUCGGUAUCCUAGCAACCGUUAAUCUCGUUGUGUCCGCCAUCGCCCUUCUGAUGUCCAUCGUCAUUGCGAAGACAGCGACCGCUCCGAACAAACUCUGCCUCAAACUGAUACAAUUCCUUCCGUGCUGCGGUAUCCAAGAUCAUUCCGCGGAAUCAGUCACCGGGAAGCACUUUCGACCACCAAAGCCAUCUGAUGAAACCAAACACCUCAUGACACCAAACGACACCAACGCCGUCGAAUACAUUGAACUAGUCGAUACACAUAAUAAGACGAAAUCUUCAGAAAGUCAAUUACUAACAAACAUUCACAAAGAAAUAGCAUGCAUAAAAGACAUAAUGCGAGACAAUCUUCAAAAGAAACAAUAUCUAGAAACCUCGCGUAGAACGUGCAAUCUUCUAGAUAAUGUUUUAUUAUGUGUAUUAUUGUUUUCCUUAAUUGUCAACAUAAUUGUUUUAGUAGUGCUGUAAGUGCAUACAAUCUUAAUUAAAAUAUAUUUAUACGGAAAUACAAAUUAUAUUUAAUCCACUCAGUGACUGAUUGCAUUUUCGACGCACUAGAAAUGUUGCUAUGCUACUAUAAAGCACGGAUGCUGAAAACAUGAUGUAAAAAUGAUGUUACAAAAUGAUGUUACUUUUGUCUUCAUGUCACUGCUUAUUUUAAUAUAUACGAAUUUACUGUUAUACAGUAUGAAUGUACUCAGAUAUGCGGAUGCCAUUAAACUAGAAAUAUU